AUGUCUCUGAGCUGCUGGUCCUGGUUCCUCGCCUUCGCCUGGGUUUGGUGUCUGCCACUGAUGCUCGUGGCGGCCGAGGAGCAGCAAGGGGAUGGCUGCUUGGCCAAGUGUGGCAGCGUCACCAUCUCCCCCCCGUUCUGGCUCACUGAUUGGCAAACAGGAAGAUUAUGUGGUUCGUCUGGACGGCUGGACUUCGAGCUUACAUGCUAUAACGGCAGUUAUCCACUUCUACCGAGCUUUGUGCCCAACCGUCGCGGCUUUGCAAUCAUGGACAUAUCCUAUGAGGAACGCAGCUUGCGCGUCGUUGAUCUGGACAAGCUGCAACUAUUACACGACGCGUCCAACAACUGCCUGCCGAUCUGGAACACCUCUGUCAUAUUUGGCCUCCCGUUUAAGAUCUCCCCCGUCAACCUGGAACUCAUCUUGUACAACUGCACGGAGAAGGCCGCCGCGGCGGCACGCCUGGAUAAAGAACUGGUGCAGGCGAAGACGAUGAGGUACGUGAACACAAGCAACACGUUUGUUCAUGCGGGGGUGCCAUACGACCCCACCGGGACCUACUCCAGUUAUGCUUUGGAGGGCUGCGUUCCAAUCGUCUUGCCGGUGCUGCGCUUGCCAUCCGGCGAGACGAACACGAGCCACUACGAGCGGCUCAUCCAAAGUGGCUUCCUCCUGAAAUGGGAACUGCCCCCUCCUCUCCCUGCACCUGCACCUAGGAAUGAACCACCUCCCCCUCCAGGCCAUGCUGUUCUUCUUCCUCGUAUUGUCUCUAGGAUGCUGGCACCGAUGUUCACGACGGCAGACGGUCCUGGGGAGAAUAGGUGCGCGCACUUCAGUUUGCAGGUCCACUGCAGCACCGACGGCGUCCCCUACCUCGGGUACUACAACCGCGGAUACAGGCUCCAGAUCCACGAGAUCUUCUACAUCAACCACUCCCUGCUUGUCUCUGAAAUCGACAAGCUCAUAUAUCUUGCCAGAAGACAUUGCUUUUUCUUCGUUUUUGGCACACUAGAUCAUGCUGGUAGUGAGAGGAGAGCGAAGAAGAUUAUACUAAUAG